CACAAGGGAACGCAGCGAGUGGUGUUUUCUUGCCAUUACAACUCCGAAUAGCCCCCCCUGCGAAUUGCUUCCUUCCCUUAUCCGCCGACGCACACUCUUCAAAACUGCCUUGAACUAUAAUUCAUUCCUUUGUAUCCCUCCGCGGCCACGAACAAAUUAUUCACGAAGCCAAAACUACUCACUAGACGCAUCGACCUGUGCAUGCCCCCCCUCCCCGGGCCAAACGGGCAUGGUGCUGCGGGGCUGAAACGGGCGCACGCUCGACCGUUUGGCAGGCAGGCAGGCAGACGCCGUCGUCGUUGACGGAUUGAAAGAGAGAGAAGAAGAGGAAGAAGAAGAAGAAGAAGAAGAAAGAGGAGAGGGGCCAGCGUUCGUCAUCUCUCGCCGCGCGCUCCGAGAUAGCUCUAGCAAUGGCCAAGCACCACGAGCCGCUCAAGGCCCUCGCGCCCAUUGACUGGGCCGACGUGCCGCCGCAGGACGACGGGCUCGACGGGUUCCUCAACGGCGUCUUUGCCGAGGCGCAGGUCGUCGUCGACUCGAUCCCCUCAACGACGACGACGACGAGCAGCGGCAGCGGCGCCACGACCACCGGCGGACGCGCCCGCGCGCAGACCGACUCGGCCGUCUUUUACAACGCAGCAGCAGCAGCAGCGGCGGCGGCGGCGGCGGCCAAGGAUCCGUCGUCGUCGUCGUCAUCGGCAGCCCAGCAGCAGCUGCGCAAGGAGUGGAAGGAGGUCAAGGUCAACCCGCGCGACAACCCGCUCGGCAUCGCCGUCUACAAGCUCGCCGGCAAGGACGGCCGCGGGGCCUGGUUCGCGCGCCGCAGCGUCCACGAGGGCCUGCCCUUCGACCGCUGGAGGGCCGGCCUGGAGCGCGAGUUCGCCGAGACGAUGAAGGUCCAGGGGUCGCCGGGGAGCGGCAACAUCCGCGGCAUCGGCGCCGACAGGAGCGUCGAGCACAAGGCCAUAGACGGCGCGGGCCACUUGAGCGGUUCGUAUAUACCCCAAGAGGGAUGACAAACAGGCAAGCGACGGUAUUCUCAAGGGCCUCCUCGGCUGACGUGCGUCUACUUCCUACAGUCUUUCAGCUCUCCGCCCAGUUCCCCGGGCCGACCUCGCCGCGAGACUUCAUCACCCUCCUCCUCACCACCGAUGCCGUCCCGGGAAGACCGCAGCCACCGGCACAGCAGCAGCAGCAGCAACAGCAGCGAGAGCACCACGGUCGUCGUCCCCUGCGCCAGUACAUGGUCGUUUCCAAGCCGUGCACGCAUCCGGGUUGUCCGCCUCGCCAGGGCAUCAUCCGCGGCCAGUACGAGUCGGUCGAGAUCAUCAGGGAGGUCCCCAGCGAGGGCAUGGCGGCCAAGCGCUCCUUCUCGCACGCCGACCUCACGUCCGACGAUGCUACCCGGCGGGUGAGCUUCGCCAAGCCGCCCUCGGGCGACGGCGAUGACGGCGGCGACGACGAAGGCGCUCCCCGCGCAGUCGAAUGGCUCAUGGUGACGAGGAGCGACCCCGGCGGCAGCGUCCCGCGCUUCAUGAUCGAGAAGGGCACGCCGCCGGGCAUCGUGGGCGACGCUGGCAAGUUUCUCAAGUGGCUCACUGCCAUGGACCCUUCUCAGGCCUCGGAGUCGGGCGCCGUCCAACGCAACGGAGGAGAGAAGCAGAAUCUGUCCCCGUCCGACGCGCGCGCGAGGACAUCAAACCAGCAACAGACCAGCGGUGCCGCCAGCCGCACACAAGGAGGCGCGGCCACCGCUGACGGCAACGACGACUACGACGAGGGAAUCCCCAGCAGCAACGGCAUAUACGGCAUCAUUGCGGGCGCAUUCGGGGCCGCCACGUCGGUCGCGUACGGCCUGCGCCAGCAGUUUAGCAGUCCCCUCGGAUUCAGCACCAGCCAGGAAAGCGUCACAGAAGAAGACGAGGCCAGCAAGCGGGCAGACGCGGCGGAAGCCGACGAGGGCGACGGCGACAACGGCUCCGAGAGCGACGCGUCCUCGACGCACAGCUUCAGCUCCGCCAUGGAGCGGUACAUGACGGCGGACAUGGGCGGCGACAGCGUCGCCGGCAGCCACUCGGACGAGUCGCGGUCGCAGAGCAAGGCGGCCAACGGCGGCAGCAGUAGCAGCAACCCCCUCGACAAGGAGCUGCUCAAGCUCACGGAGCGGCGCCGCAAGCUCGACGAAAACUACGCCCGGAUGCAGGAGCGGCUGGAGAGCCGGCGGCAGGACGGCAAGGACAAGGACGCGGUGGCGCUGGCCAAGGCGCGCGAGAAGCACGACCGCGAGCUGGCCAAGCAGGAGGCCAAGUACCGGCGCGAGAUGCGCAAGCUCGAGGAGAAGCGCGAGAGCGAGGAGCGCAAGGCCGAGGCCCGCCGGCGCAAGACGGCCGAGCGCGAGGACAGGGCCGCCCUGCAGCUCGAGCUCGACCGCGCCCGCGCCGACCGCGACGUCGCCCGCAAGCAGCUCGAGCUGCUGCAGGGCCAGGUCGGCGAGCUGCAGCGCGAGAACACGAUGCUCGUCGCCCGCCUCGGCCGCCUCGGCGCCAUCAACAACAGGGAGGACUCGGCCUCGUCCCGCGAGCUGUCGGUCAAGAGCCUCGGCAAGUCGGACAGAGCGCUGUCGUCGUAGACAUGUGUGAGGGAAAAGGGGG